GAACAACUGUGAUUAAGUUAUGGCGUCCGACUGUGCCUGUCACGACGCUGAUUUUUUACUCGCCUGCUCGUCUAUGCUUCUGCCCUCUUCGGACGAGCCUCCAGAUUCAUCGCUUCCACGCGUCCUGGUUCACAAUGGACGUCCGUUCUGGCCCAAAGGCGUCGAAAGAUCAUGGCCAACGAGCCGUCCGCAAGCGGGUGGGUGGACCGAGAAGCAAGACCGGUUGCAUAACAUGUCGCAUUCGACGUGUCAAGUGUGACGAGGCCAGACCGCACUGUGCACGAUGCACCAGCACGGGGAGGAAGUGCGACGGCUACACCCGAUCUCCCUGGGAGGUCGUUGAUGUCACGUCUAUGGCGUCAAUGCUAGUGCUUUCGGACCCACGAGCCUCUUCCGACCCGUUCGUAGGACGAAGCUUCAAAGUUUUUGAGCAAUUGACCGCCCACUCGCUGUCUGGAAUCCUCGAGAUGACCUUAUGGCACGAUGUCCUGAGAGCGGCACAGCACAGCGAUGCACUUUUUCAUGCCGCGACUGCGCUCGGCUCCGCGCACGAGGCGUACCUUCAUCGCCAAUUCAACAUGGAGACGCCCGAGGAAGAUCGCGCCUUGCAACAGUACAACAAAGCCAUCCGGAUGCUAACCAAGCGCGACGCGCAGGAUGCCGAGCUCACACCGGACGUUGUCAUAACGUCGUCAAUCAUGUUCAUGACCAUUGAAAUGAUGAGACGUGAGUACGGCAAGGCGAUCAAGCAUCUCAAGGCGGGCAUAGGCAUCUUCGCAGAACAUCAUGGUCGGACAGCGUCGGACGGCCAAGCGAAGCCAACCCUGAUCCCGACCGAGCGACUCGAAGACAUCCUCCGCCAGCUGGAAACGCACCUGUGUGAGAUCAGCAUGGAUGGACCGCUAAGCAUGCCUCGACGGAGCCUGGUGAGCUACAAGGAGCUGCCGCGCAAAGGCGAGGCGUGGGCAUCCGCACCGGCAGGGCUUGACCAGCGAUGCUUCGAUAGCAUCACCGAAGCCCGCGCCGAGCUGGACAGCUACUGUCACAACCUAAUGUUCCUGUUCCACGAGAUCUUGGAGCCAGAUGUGUUCGCGACGCCGCCUGCGUCGGAGGCGUAUACGGAGCGCACCACUGACGCGUUUGCACAGGCCUUCGUGUCGUGGCGGCACCGUUUCGACGGCCUUAAGGCGAAACUGGCGCAGCGCCCGCGGCCCCUCUCAAGGCCGGAGCGCCGCACGCUCGCUCAACUGGAGAUGUAUCACCUCGUGGCGUCGCAGGUGCUGACGACGUACCUGUCGCUGGACGAGAUGAGCUGGGACAAGCACCAGGCCGGCUUCGAGCGGGUGCUAGACCUGUGCGACGUCAUAGUGGGGAAGCACGCUGGCGGCGUUGACAAAAGCGGAGGCAGCGACAACGACGAUGCCGCAUCGGAGGCCUACAACGGCUUUCAGCUCAACCACGGCAUCGUGGCCGCGUGCUUACACACGGCGUGGAAAUGCCGCGACGCCCGCGUCCGCCUGCGGGUCAUCGACCUGCUCUCGCAACAGCGUCAGGAGGGCCUCUGGGACGCCCAGCUCGUCAAGUGGGCCGUUUGCCACAUCGACGAGAUCGAGCGCGGACCGGGCUUGCUCGAGGCGGCCGCGCUGAGGGGCGACGGCGCCGACGUUAUCCCGCGCUGGAGGCGAAUCGUGCGCCUCGACGUGUAUUUCAGCGCCGAAGGUCGCGGGGCGGUGCUCGUUUUAUUCGUGCCCAAGGACGAGUCGAUGGAGAUAACGACCAUCAAGAAAGUCCUAAGCUGGUGACCGUUAGGCAAUGCUCCGGCGUUUGGUACGGCGUGCAGGAUCAGAAUCGGCCGCCCAUUAAAGACGGUAGACGUUUACGAUUGCAUUAUAGACAAAGGCAAUGUUGUUUCGUACGGGCGAAGUCGUUGUGCAAGGGACGUUCCCCCUUCCCCACAUACAGAUAUACAGAUGGAGAAAAAAAAUCGAAGAUGCAUCAUGUACAGAACAAACCCCACGUUCCACAAAUUUUGUGCGAGGUGCCUAGAAAGAGUUAUUUCUACAUAUAUCUUGGUAUCAUAGUUGGGAAAAGGGCGCAGCCAUUCCCUUGAACUCGCUCGCACGUGAUAUGCCAAAGGAAAGAAAAAAACUAAAUGGGAAGAACUAAAAAAUCCCUGCCUCCCCAAGAAAAAA